AUUGCGCUCCUUUUCAUUGGUGGAAUUGAUGGAUGUCAUCCUGAGUGAGAUAGACCUUCCGAUUGAUCUUCUUCUGUUUUUCUAGGAUUUGAAUAUGGAUUUCCAAAGCCUGGCUAUGAUUCUUCGAGGUGCUCUUAGUUACAAUUUUGUUGAACUUAAGGCUGCGAGGAAAACCCCAAUCAGAGUUCAAAAGCUGUACGAAUUAAGAUGAAACUGCUUAAGGGCUUGCAAGGUUUAAAUCAUGUGAAAGAUUGGAUUAAACACAGAGGUAAAGCAGUCACAGGGAGUCAUUCCACAAUUGGGAAAUGCUGAGUUAUAUUGGGAAGGUUACUGCUCCAGGUCUGAGGAUGAAGAUUCAAUGUUGUACAUAAAUCUUCGUGUCUCUGUUUUUUGUUUGGUGAUGACGUUGGAGGCUAUAGAUACAACUGCUUUUGGGGUCUGAAUGCCGACUGCCAUGCUGAGAGUUACUCCGUAGCUGCUAAGCCUUAUGAAAUAGUGAAAUUGAUUACUUCACAGUGCUUCCUCUUCCCCUGUAAUGGAAGAAAUUGCAUCUACACUGGAAGAAUGGGAGUAUGUUUUUGGCAUUUAGAUUGAACUGACACAUGAAAUGUUGAUGCAAAACAAACUCGAUACUACAUACAUGCGAAAACCUCAUCAAUCAAGCCCCACCCUGCUGCUUGCAAAAUAAACUGAGAGUAGACGCAACAUGAGCAUUAAUAUCAGAGACAUUGCCUUACUUGGAUAACAAGAACUAGCAAGAAAGUUGUACUGAUGCUGCAUCUGUGCCAUAUUCUUUUAGAUAUUUCAACUCAAGAUUUUGUUCGUUGCUGAAAUCUGAGAGCUAACUCUUUGUGCUCUUGAUUGUUGGUAUUACUGUAGGGAUCCUCCUAAUGCAGGUUCGCUGUUUUUGACAAUGACUUCACCAACCAAGAGAACAUGCAGAGGAGCUGGAUCUUCUUUGUUUUCAGCGGGAAUAAGACUGAAGCAAAUGUGCAGUGAAAAGACGCCCACUAAUCACUCCGUUUUUUUAAUGUUUUUUGGGUGAAAAUUAGAUUAUCUUGGAAGACUUUUCUUUUUCUAUUUCCCUGUUUUUCCACCCUCGGGAUUCCAUUUCUGUUUUUGCCCGGAGACCUAUCUGCAUCCUGCGACCUUCGAAUUGCAUAACUUGGAUGCAAUAAUCGUCUGGCUACCAUUUUUCAUCAGCCAACUGUUUUCCAGGUUCUUCCAGUUUCUCUGAUGUUUGCAGCCAUGUGAGGCUGGGCAUGGGGGCAAAUUUCCAAAGGUUGCAGAUUCAACAAUUAAGGGUUCACUUGAAUUUGCUAUGUGUCAUUACAGCAAGCAGGUGCUAGGCCGAUUCCUACUCUUGGUAUGUGAUCCCACUGAGGCUUUCAAGGUCUUCAACAAAAGUCCUAGCUUGACCACAACACAAGGAGAUGAGGGAAUACCACAUGAGUGAUCAGAUGAAGAAUUUCACUAAAGAAGACUCUGUGCACAUACUUCUUCAUCAGAGCAAUGGGUUUUCCACAUGGAGUUCAAGGUACAAAGGAGUUACACUGCUCAAAUGUGGACGACGAGAGGCUAGAUUGGGGCAAUUCCUUGGGAAGAAAUAUCUACCUUGGGUGGUUUGACGGCGAGAGAGAAUCUGGUUAUGAUAAGGCUGCCAUAAAAUUGAAUGGAAGGGAGGCAGUGACUAAUUUUGGACUAAGCUCAUAUGGAUCAUCAACAGGGAGAGGGACUCAUCAUAUGGAUCUCGGAGGAAGUAAUAAUGGAGGAGGCUUCCAUGGCUACCGGAGCAGCAGCAUCAGGUUCCCUCACCCCACCUCUGCUCCAGGCAUGAAAGCGGCGCCGCUAGAGAUGAACACCGCCGGAGUACCUGCAACGUCGCCGGCUCAGCACCACAACCGGGCGGUCUUCAACCACACCCCCGGCGGCACUAACUCCCUGCUCCCCCCAGACGUUGUUGACGGAGAAUGCACGGUGCGGGAGCAGGACCGCUUCAUGCCGAUCGCGAACGUGAUCAGAAUCAUGCGCAAGAUCCUGCCCCCGCACGCCAAGAUCUCCGACGACGCCAAGGAGACCAUCCAGGAGUGCGUGUCCGAGUACAUCAGCUUCAUCACCGGUGAGGCCAACGAGCGGUGCCAGCGCGAGCAGCGCAAGACCAUCACCGCCGAGGACGUCCUCUGGGCCAUGAGCAAGCUCGGCUUCGACGACUACAUCGAGCCCCUCACGCUCUUCCUCCACCGCUACCGCGAGUGCGACGGCGGCGAGCGGGUCGCCCAGCCGCCGCCGCUCGUGAAGCGGGCAAUGGUGGACCCCACCAACGGCGGCUUCCAACCGUUCUACCCGCCGCCGCAGUACCCCGGCGGCCACCACCAUGCUUACUUUGGGUAUCCGCCGCCGAUGAACGGUCACCACCUGCUGCAGAGGGAUGAAGCAAAUGCCGCCGCCGCCACCUCUUCCCAGCCCGCAGCUGUAGCCAGUAUUGAGCCCUUUCCCCACUACAAGUAGUAGGGAAUGUGUCGGUGUCUCCCUCAGCUCCGGUCCCAAUUUUUUUUAAUGAGUUUUACUUUUUCUAAUAAAAUAAAAACGAAUUUUGAUUAUUAAUUAAAAUAAAAUUGCAUUGCAUAUUAAUACAAAUCAAUUUAAAAGAUUUAU